GGAAGAUGGAGGAAAAUUCAUAACAUUAGCCUCUUCAGAGCUUACCAAUCACUGCAUUGGACUUUUCGACUUUUUCGAAAAAAUGUAAUCCCAAUAGAAAAUUUAUAAUAAAGCUUUAAAAUGGGAAAACUUAAAUGUUUUGAGAUUAUAUUAUCAGGUAGUAAAUCAGUGUACCAUCCAGGGGAACGAGUCCAAGGGAAUGUUGUUGUCGAGUUGAAGGGCGAUAUGAAAAUGAGGUCUCUACGAAUCUUCAUGAAAGGUGUUGCUAAAGUGCACUGGACUGAAUCGAGAAGUACUGGCAGCAGACUUGGAUCAUAUACAGAACAUUAUAAUGCUGAAGUUGAAUAUUUCUUUAAGAGACAAGUGCUUUUUGGUGGAGGCAAGUACCAUCUACCCUGGUCACUUGGCCUAACUAAUUUUGUUUAAGACAGUUCAGUUAUUUUAGUGUAGUAAUGUCAAUGUUAAUUUGAGUUGUUAGUGAAACUUAGUGUAGUAAUGUUAAUUUGAGUUAUUAAUUAGGCCUGUUAAGCCUAUUAGUUUAGCAGUUGACUAUGUGGUAGAAGACAUCUAUUAUCUAUAGUCUAAAGACUUAGUAAAGAGCCUAGGCCAGAGAAUUCCCAAACAGAUAAAACUUUUUUUUAAUAAGAGCCCUUGCAGCAUUCAGGUUUCCCAAAGUCCAAAGCGUUUUACUGACAUUUUUUUUUCAAAAAUGCAUUGAAAAAACUAUUUUUUUAAAUAUUUAAAAUUGACUCUCACUGUGUGUGUAGUAAAAACCAAUCAAUCCAUUUUUUAAACCACAAAGGAGAAGAAGAACUUCAUCAGUUAAAUUUACACAACCCAUGCCCCUUAUUUGCCACAUCCACCAUCUUGAUUACCAUGACCUCUCACGGGUCAUGGUAACCAAGGUGGCGGUCAUGUAUAAAACACAGGUCUGCUAAAAUGGGAGGGUGAAGGGAGAGAAUGUAUUGGUUUAGCUAUUUACAUAGAGAAACAAAAAUAGUAAAAAAAAAAAAAAAAUUAAUUACAUAAUUUCUGCCCGUACAUAAAAUUUGUGGCGAAUGAAGCGACUUUAUUGUAUCCCUCUAGAUACAUGGCAAGAAUUCUCAACAACCUGCUGUGCCCCCUUUCCUGGCGUAAAAUCAGCUGGUACAUUAAUUUGGUGGUGAAAGAAGCUAUUUAAUUGUAUCCCUCUAGAUAUGCCGCAAGACGUCUCAAAGACCUGCGUUUGCUCUUUUUCAUGCCGUAGUUUUGGUGGGUACAUGCUCCCUUCCCUCAACUAAAACACUAAAACUGUGUGGCUUCAGUUACACACUUUGGUAAGAAAAGUGAAAUGAAGAAAAAUAAUACAAAAUAAUUUUUAAAUAAUUUUUAAAUAAUUAAAACCCAACUUACAGUUUCAUAGAAUACACUUUUACUUUUACACACUUUAUUGCAGGUUCCACCAAAGGAAAAUUCAACAAUUGUCAAAAAUCAAUGCAAUAAAAUAUUAUACCCAUUAUCCCAAAUGCUUUUAAAUUAAAAUAUUAUAUAUACUUAACCAACCAAUGAAUUUUUAUUUUAAAACAUUCCAUCGUUGCAUUGAAGAUUAGUUAACUCUAAUAACAAUCCAUAAAUAAUGAAAGGGAUAUAAUCCUACACAGCAACUUACCGUGGAGCAGAUUGCGGAAAUUGACCCUUCAUUAACUUCGCUUAACUUAAUAAAAGCAACAAUAUUCAGUUAAUAUAAUUUCUAAAAAAAUAAUUCAACAUUAAGAUUAAAGCAUGUGAAAUUGGCCUAUUACAAAAUAAGUGUACUACCUACAGAAAUGAAUCCAAGGGAAUGUUGUUGUCAAGUUGAAAUUGAAGGGGAUAUGAAAAUGAGAUUUUUACGAAAUGUGGUAGAGACAUUACUAAACGAUAGAUAAACUUAAUUAAUAUAGAGUUAUGCAUAGUAACCAUUUGUAAAGGCUAAUGCAAACAGUUAUUAACAGUUAAGAAUGUAUGCCUGAGAUUGUUUUGGAUGGAAGAAACGUAUUUGGAGCCAUGGGAAAUGCCUGGAUCGUGAGCUCCAUGUUCAUGUUUUUCCUUUUAUGAGCUAUACAAAUUUUAAAAAAUCAUGAACAUUUAAUGUAAGUUUUUAUUUGUGCCUGUCGUUGGAUGCACAUACCUUGCCUUGUCGUUACAGCUUAUUUGUCCCAAUAACCCCUAGAACUAUGCCAGCGGAAGCAUACCACCCAAGUGGGACAGGUUUUUACGAAAGGAGCCAGACAAAAGGUGCAUCUCCCUCCCCCAGGUCUUGGGGUUGUCCAUAGUAGAAACCAAUUGUUAAGAAACUAAUGAAAAAUGCAAUCCACAAAACAUAGUCAGAGGCAAGAGUAGGGCUCCACAAAGGAGUUCAAUGAGGUUGUACUGGGAAAGUCAAAAGAAUCCGGCUAGGCCGACCACCCUACUCGAUGUGCCUAAGUUGCUAAAGAGAUGGCACACUAUAAACUUCAAAUCUUCGCCCACAAAGUUGCAUUUAAAAGUCUCUUGGAAUGGAAACCUGUUUCAGAACGAAUAAUCAGAGCCAAAUUCAUGUCGAGAUUCAAGACUGUACAUAUUAUCAUGUGCUAUGCCCCACUAACUUUUCAUCCUAAAGAAGAAAAAGUUACAUUCUAUGAACAACUCCCAAAUAUAGUGGAUAAAGUACAUAAAAGAGAUAUAUUGAUCCUCAUAGAAGACAUGAAUGGCAAACUUGGACAUGAGAGAGAAAUCAAUGAGUACACACAGAUUUGGCAAUAUGGAACACAUGGACUGAGCAACAUGGACACGGAUGGACUUGGCAACAUGAAUGAAGAUGGAGAGACGUUUGCAGACUUCUGAACAUUCAAUGCACUGGUGGUAUGAGUCAUCAUCUUCCCACACAAAAAAUGUCACAAAGUGACAUGGGUCUCAUCAGACAAUGAAAUAGAGAACCAAAUAGACCACACUACUAUAUGCCAAAAUUAUAGAUACAAGAAAUACAAGAUGUACAUCCCACACAAAAAAUGUCACAAAGUGACAUGGGUCUCAUCAGACAAUGAAACAGAGAACCAAAUUGAUCACAUUACUAUAUGCCGAAAUUAUAGAUACAAGAAAUACAAGAUGUACAAACAAGAAGAGGGGCAGAUAUUGGGUAAAUACACUGGUGGUGACCAAGCUAAAAACAAAAUUGGAAAACCACAGACCAAAAACAAGCAAGAGAACCAGAAUUGACCUAGGCAAACUUGCAGACAAAACAUGACUUUCAGCAAACCUUUAAAAACCUAUUUGCUGCAUGGCACCUGGAUGAAACUGAAGAAAACAUGGACAGAACAUGGGAUAAAUUCAAAGAAAUUAUUUUUGGAGUGUGUAACGGAGUAUGCCUUGCCCCAAAAAACUAUCCAUACUUGAUAAAUGACAAGAUAUGGCAAAGAAUCGAGGAUAGAAAAAAUGCAAAGCAAACAGUAAAAAAAAAAAAACAAACAAGAAAACAGACCAAACAAGAACUUUAUAGUUUCAAAAGAGGUCACAAAAUGCUUAGAAAUGUUAAGUGUAAACUUCAUAAUAAUCUAGCAGAACUGGCGGAAGAAGCAGCUGGAAAGGGAGAUAUGAAAUAGUUUAUAAUGUCUCUAAACUCUUGAGUGGCAAGAAAGCUAACUACAACAUACCAGUACAAAACAAACAAGGUAAACUAGUUUCUUCUAUAGACCACCUACUUGGGAGAUGGAAAGGGGGAAGGAUAUUUUCAAAAAGUGCUAAACAGACCCAUCCCCCUAAAUUGACCUGACCUAAACACAGGAAGAACACUGGACAUUUAUAUGGAAGGGAUAGCCAAAGAAGUAAUAUAGAAGGUGCUCAACCAAAUGAGGAUAGACAAAGCAGCAUAUAUAGACAAUAUGCCAUCUGAGGUCCUAAAAGAGUGGAAAUAGUAAACCAACUUUGCAAAAUGUUUUUUUCAGCAGAAUUCUACUCAACAGAAUUAAAGAAGUGUGUGAUGACCACCUAAGGGAAGAACAGGCCAGAUUUAGAAUAGGACGAUCAUGUGCUGACCAGAUAACAACACUCAGAAUCGUCAAAGAGCAAUGUGUAGACUCUUACACAAAAAUUAGAAGACUUGGAAUUAACAGACGAUAUAGCCAUACUAUCUCAUAGACAACAAAACAUGCAAGAAAAGAUCACAGUUUUGAAAGAGUCUGGAAAAAAGAGUGUGGCUUAAAGCAAACCAUCAUAAACAAAAAUACAUCCAAAAAAAUCACAAUCGAGAUGGCGACAUAAAAUUAGAGAACCGAAACAUACAUCAAGAAGAUAGCUUCAUAUACCCUGGGAGUGUUGUCAAUCAAUGUGUCUGGAGGAACAGACGAAGACAUCAGACGCUGAAUAAAUUUAGCAUAACAGGCAUUUUCCCACCUAAAACCAAUCUGGAACUCAUCCUGCACCUUUAUGAAAACAAAAAUAAGAAUUUGUAACUCCAAUGUGAAAGCAGUCCUAUUGUAUGGGUCUGAAACAUGGAGAGCAACAGAAUCCAGUUCUUCAUCAACAGUUGCCUGAGAAAUAUAUUGAAUUAAAAAAGAGUAUGAUAAGGAUGAAACAUCAAGCUGUGGGAGAGGUGGGGACAGAAAACAAUAGAGAAACAAAUCCUGGAAAGAAAAUGAAGAUGGAUAAGACAAACAACAGAGAAGAACUGGAAAGAACUAAAAAUACUAGCAAGAUACCAUGAAAAGGGGCCUGCUUUGACAAAGGCCCUAUGUCUCACAAGGAACAAAUGAUGACUCAAAAAAGGAACAUCUUUCCUGUGCACUUUGCAUAAGAUAGCUUUGCUCAUUACAUGUGAACAUUGUGUUGAGUUUUAAUUUACUUGACAUCAUUAUUGAAUAAUCAUUUGAUCAUUCCUAGACAAAGGUGGGCAACUUUUUUUCAAAAUAACCAUUGUUGUGGUGAAGGAAAAGUAAAAUUUGCCACACCAUUAUAUAAAUCUUUUAAAAUAUCAAAUGAAAGUAAAUAUUGCAGAAGGCAGCAUCUCUUCAAGUGUGUGUAUAUAAUAUAUUAUUAUUAUAUUAUAGAUAUAUGUACAUUCUUCAAUACUAAAUUUUCCUCCAGUUCAACUUCAUAACCCAAUAAUAAUCUGUAGCCUAUUAUUUUUAUCCUCAGAAGUUGCUGAUGGUCGAGACACUUUAUCAGAUGGUCAUCAUGAGUUGAACUUUUCUUUUGAUUUGCCUAUGGGGUUUGUUUUCAUAUUUUAAUUUUUUUUUUUCUGUAUUUUUAUAUAUAAAAAUCGAAAUUUGUUCAAGAUUUUAAGUUUUCUUUUUAAAGUUAUUACAAGGGAUAUUAAAGCAUAAUCAUUUAUUGAUUUUGAAUUUUGAUUAUCGGUUGUUGUUUUUUACAAACAAAUAAUAAACAGUUAAUUAUUUGUAUCAUUUUAAAUUGAACAUUUCAAAAGUCACAGAAAUAAAAAAAAUUAUUCACUGAAAAAACUAACAUUUACAGGAGUAUUUACUGCACCACAUUUAAAUUUAGGGCUUGUGAAAAUAGAUCUGAGUAUUUAUAAAAAGUUAUAACCCCACCCCCCCUCCACCCAUCCCAUUGUCCUAGUUGAUGAUGAUGAUAGUUAGUAAAAAUUUAGACCAAAGGGAGUAAUAUUUUCACAUUAAACUUGAAGAACAUAAACACUAAUAAUUCAAUUAUGCAAAUGUUACCAAUAUUCACUUUUGUUAUUUAUUACCACCAAUUAAUUAUAAAAUAAAACUAAUUUUAAAAUUAACAAAAUAUGAAAUUUCCAAAUUAAAAUUUUUAAAUAUGGAGUUGCCAGCUUCAAUGCUCCUUUCCAAAAAUCAUUUUUGGUCUUUGCCAGUUUAUUAUGGCAGCACCUAAUACAUUUUUAUGAAGGCCUAUAAAACCAAUAUUGACUUUAAAAGUGGAUGUUCAAAAGUGUACCAAAAGAAAUAUAGGAACAUCCCUGGUGAAAAUUAGGGUUGCUAAUUUUUUUACCUCAUAAUUUUUUUUUUUAAUGUUUAUUUUUGAGAAAAAGUAUCUGAAAAUUUUUAUGUCACAUGUUAAUAUCACCGGUUUCAUAGUUUUAACUAAAUUUUAAUUUUAUGGUUCUAAUGUAUGAGUACUAUUUUAUAGCUUAUAUUUAUCAUUUUGAACACUCAUUAAAAAUAACAAUAAAAAUGACCUAAAGAUUUAUUGUGUUACAGGGGCAUAUCAACAAGCUUUGAGGGCAAACAUGGCAGCAUUCGUUACUGGUUAAAAGCUGAAAUGGAUAAACCAUGGUCGUUUAAUCAUAAAACAAAAAAAGCCUUUACUGUUAUAAGCCCCAUAGAUAUUAAUAGACCAGAGUACCAAGUAAGAAUAAUAAUAUGAUAUUAUUUUUAUUUGAAAAAAAAAAUCUCUAAAUAAAAACAAAAAAUUUUUUUUUUUUGCUUUAUAGAUUCUAAUAACAACCUGCUGUACUGUACACAAUUUAUUAUUUAUUGUUUCGUUUAGUAAUAGGGAAAAUUAAUUCUUUUGAAUGGUCUUUCAGGUUCAUGUAGAGAGUAGUGUUGAGAAAACCCUUUGUUGCUGGUUGUGUACAUCUGGACCUAUAUCCAUUACAUCUAGAACAGAUAGAAGAGGCUAUUGCCCAGGUAUUUUAUUGUUAAAAUAGUUUAAAUUCUUAAAGUCUUUACAAAUGAAUAGUCUCAGUAACUAUCCUCUUUUUGGUAACACAAUUUUUCAAUCAAGCCUUUUAAAAUUACAUUACAUAAACAACAUCAAAUAGUUUCUAAUUUUUGUUUAAAUGCAAAAUAGUACAUGAAUACUUGAGUUAGUUUUUGUUUAAUAAGUCUACUGAAAUUCUAUUAAUGAUCAAUCAAUAAAUGUGAUUGUUCAUAGUGUUAUAGCAUUGAGAAGACAAAAAAAAGAUGUCUUGAUACAUUUUAAUUUCUAACUACAGAAUAGAUUUUAAAUGCUUUUCAUCAUACUCAUACAUAAGUUGAUUUUGCAGUAGUGUUUACAUUCAUUAUGGUUAAUAUCAUCUUAUUAGACCCGUACUCAUUGUAAUUGUAGUUGUAUAGUGCAGGGUGGGCUACAAAAAAAGUAGCUUGCCUCUGACAAUAAUAUGACACGAUAAACAAGCAAGUGGCUUUUUUAUAUUCACUUCCCCACCAUCUGUAGUCCCAGCAUCUGCUGUAACAUGUUGGUACUGUUAAUAAAAAAAAUACAAAAACUUUUUAUUAAUCUUGUCAUGCUAUCUCUGGAAGCAAGGCUACAAUAUUAUGGCCCACCCUGCAUAAUUUAACAACAAAAUAAUCUUAAAAAGACAAUAAUGAUGCAGUAUUUUUUUCACAUUUUAGGUGAAUCUAUAGCUAUAUCAGCAGAGUUUGACAAUCACUCAUCACGGACAGUUAUACCAUAUGCGACCUUGUACCAGUCACAAACUUUCUUUGCCAGUGGCAAAUCUCGAAUUAGACGCACCAAGUUCACUGUGCUUACAGGACUUCCUGUUGCUCCCGGCACCAGAGGCUCAUGGGACUCACAACUUUUAAAAAUUCCUGCUGUCACCCCAUCUAUCAUCAACUGUUGUGUUAUGAAAGUCGACUAUUAUGUCAAGGUAAUAAUAGUCACUUAAAUAGUUGGAUAAUCCAUAAAUUGGCAAAAGUAUUUCUCCAUUUAUUAGUUUGGCGGGUUGGUGCAUUAUUUGCUGUUUAGUUUUAAUGAAUCAUUAAAACUAUAGUCUGUUAUGCAGAUUUUAAGAGAUGUCUUGUUCAGAUUUUUGUUUAUGGUGAUUUUAAAAUAUUCUCUUUUUAGGUUGCUCUUCACAUCAAUGGUGCCUACAAUUUGACAAUGCAUUUGCCUGUGGUGAUAGGCACAGUGCCUUUCCGUCAAGCACCUAGUUAUCGGUAUACAGAUUCUCGGUAUUACAGGGAAACACAAGCUCAGUUUGCC